UGUUGUGACUGUCACCGUGAUAAUUUAAUUAAUUUUUCACGAGUUCAAAUAACAUCAGUCUUUACAAAUAUGGGUGUGUGAAAUGGCAAGCAUUGGCUAAAACGAGUUCUUACACGUUCAUUUUUGUGUUUGGAGCAGCACUUUUGCGUACGUUCUUGACCUUGUUAACUACUUUUCACCACUGGGUGAAUUAAGUCAUUAAUAUUCUUUCGAUUGAUGAUAGAUGGGUUCUAGUUAGGUCAACAGCAAUUUCUCUGAUACAUUAACAAAUUAAUUUCUAUUAUUAACCGACCUCAAUACGAAAUCGAUUAUUCUACUGUUUAUCUGUACAAAGUUGUUCACGGUAUUGUUAAUAAAAUAUUAACUGUUUUGAAUGUCGGUGCUUAUCAGAUGGGGCAAAUCUAAUCGUUUGUAAUCAGGUUUUACACGAGAAUAUGUCACGAAGUUGACCUUUUUCAGGUCACGUUUUUAUUGGAUUUGUAUUAAGUUGUGACAAUUUGUAGUAUCUACAAAUCAGUGAAGAUUGCGCGAUGAAAUAUAUAGGUCCAAGAGUCAUGUACCAUAGGCUUUUAAGCCGCAGAUUUGUCAAUCAGUUUUCAAGAAGUUGUUACCAGUUUGGUCAUGAAGAAAAUCAGGAGAGUGGAGCCCCACGCGCUAGGAAGUACACCAAAAUGUUGCUUGGAGCGUCUGUGGGGACUUUACUAGCGUACAAAUUUUACGAUUAUAGAAACAAUGCAGUUGUGUUAGCUGAGUCACCAGAGAUGAAAAUGGGAAACGUUGGUGUGGCCAAAGCAGAUUUACCAGUUUAUACCCUCCACGAAGUCUCAGAGCACUCCACAAAAGAAAAACGAAUCUGGGUUACCUACAAAGAAGGCGUGUACGACAUCACCGACUUCGUGACUGAACACCCAGGCGGUGACCAGAUUCUAUUGGCUGCUGGAAGUUCCGUGGAACCAUUUUGGUUGUUGUAUGCCGUCCACAAUAAUCCGCACGUGCUGCAAAUUCUUGAAACUUUGAGAAUAGGAAACGUUUCAAAGGAGGACUCCCAACAGUUGGUGGCGGACAUGUCGGACCCCUACUCCACCGACCCGCAGAGACACGCAGCCCUCAAGCCCGCCUCCGUGAAGCCUUUCAAUGCCGAAACGCCCCCUUUUCUCCUAGUCGAACAAUUCAUAACCCCAAAUGAAUUGUUCUAUGUCCGGAAUCACCUUCCCGUGCCUCAAGUAGAUCCAGAAACGUACGAAUUGGAGGUAGAGGUUGAGGGGCGAAAAAAGUGUCUUGUUUUGACUCUAGACGAAAUAAAAAAACUCCCUAGACACACUAUCACAGCGACUAUCAUGUGCGCUGGUAACAGGAGAAGCGAAAUGGUCAAGGUGAAACCCGUUAAAGGUUUGAAUUGGGGGGCUGCCGCUGUGGGGACUGCGACUUGGACUGGGGUUAGGUUGAGGGACGUUCUUAUCAAACUAGGAGUUGACGAAGACGACAAGAAAUUGAAGCACGUCCAAUUUGAAGGACUGGAUUUUGACCCAACUGGUAAAACCUACGGGGCGUCGGUGCCUCUAUGGAAGGCGAUGAGUAAAAGAGGCGACGUGAUUCUAGCGUACGAAAUGAACGGAGAGGCGAUUCCGAGAGACCACGGGUUUCCCAUACGGGUCAUCGUUCCAGGGGUGGUGGGUGCAAGAAAUGUCAAAUGGUUAGGGAGAAUUGUCGUUUCGGAAAACGAGAGCGAUUCGCAUUGGCAACAAAACGACUAUAAGGGUUUUUCUCCCAGUACGGAUUGGGAUACCGUGGAUUUUACUAAAUCGCCAGCUAUCCAGGAGCUCCCGGUUAUUUCCGCCAUUUGUAAACCUUCAGAGGGCGAAAAAGUCAAAGUGGAAGAUGGACACAUAGUGGUCAAAGGUUAUGCCUGGUCCGGGGGCGGCCAGAAAAUAGCUCGAGUUGACGUGACAGCCGACGGCGGAAGCACGUGGUUUGUGGCCAACCUAGACCACCAAGACUCCGCCGAGCCGCCCCAGCACUGGAGUUGGACUUUGUGGUCGGCACGAAUCCCAAUCCCAUCAGGAACUAAACAGGUUGAGUUGUGGGCCAAAGCCGUGGACUCUUGCUAUAACACCCAGCCAGAAACAUUUAAAAACAUCUGGAACCUCCGCGGGGUCUUGAGCAACGCCUACCACCGCAUUAAAAUUAAAUUAGUGUAACUUUUUUAACCCACCUUAAUGAAUAAAUUCUGUAGACAAUUGUGA